AUGGGCAGGGAUCCCAAGCCAACAUACAAUGGUGGUAGUGGAGAUGGAUGCGAGGCUGGCGGGGUUUAUUUAUUCAUCUCUGUUCUGGUGAAUAAAACAGGUCUUAUCAGCUUAUUGUGCAGAGAUCAGAAUGAUCUGGGCUCCCGAAACCCUGUGCAUGUUAACCUUGCAUUGCAGUGCAUUGCAAACAUUGGUUCCAAGGAGAUGGCAGAUGCAUUUGGCACAGACAUUCCAAAGUUGCUUGUGUCAGGAGAAACCAUGGAUGUUGUCAAGCAGUCAGCUGCCCUCUGUCUAUUGCGGCUCUUCCGAACCACACAGGAGAUCAUACCUGGUGGAGAAUGGACGUCACGCAUCAUCCACCUGCUGAACGAGCAGCACAUGGGGGUUGUCACAGCUGCCUGCUCUCUCAUCGAGGCCCUUGUUAAAAAGAAUCCUGAUGAGUAUAAGGGUUGUGUUUCCCUUGCAGUAUCAAGACUUUCCAGGAUAGUGACAGCAAGCUACACAGAUAGCAGACUAACCUAUUACUUUGUUCCAGCCCCAUGGCUCUCUGUGAAGCUCCUGCGUCUACUCCAGCACUACCCGCCCCCAGAGGACCCUGGUGUGAGGGGACGUCUCAAUGAAUGCCUUGAUACCAUUCUCAAUAAAGCACAGGAACCACCAAAGUCUAAAAAGGUGCAACAUUCAAAUGCCAAAAAUGCUGUUCUCUUUGAAGCCAUCAGCAUAAUCAUUCACUCAGACAGUGAGCCAAACUUGCUAGUGAGAGGCUGCAACCAACUGGGGCAAUUCCUCUCUCACCGUGAGACCAACCUUCGGUAUCUGGCCUUGGAAACCAUGUGUCUCUUAGCCACCUCUGAGUUCUCCCAUGAGGCUGUCAAGAAGCACCAAGAAACUGUCAUUAAUGCACUAAAGACUGAGCGUGAUGUAAGCGUGCGACAGAGAGCUGUUGAUCUUCUUUACGCUAUGUGUGAUCGCAGCAAUGCUGAAGAAAUUGUGCAGGAGAUGUUGAAUUAUUUGGAGACAGCUGACUACUCUAUCCGAGAGGAAAUGGUACUGAAAGUGGCUAUCCUGGCAGAGAAAUAUGCACAGGACUACACGUGGUAUGUGGAUGUGAUCUUAAACCUCAUCCGAAUUGCUGGAGAUUACGUUUCUGAAGAGGUUUGGUACCGUGUUAUACAGAUCGUAGUCAACAGAGAGGAUGUUCAGGGUUAUGCUGCAAAAACUGUCUUUGAGGCAUUACAAGCCCCAGCUUGUCACGAGAAUAUGGUGAAGGUUGGUGGUUACAUCCUGGGUGAGUUUGGCAACUUGAUUGCAGGGGACUCCAGAUCAGCACCAGCAGUACAGUUCCAGCUUUUGCAUUCAAAGUACCAUCUCUGCUCCCCUGGAACACGUGCACUGCUCCUCACCACCUACAUCAAGUUCAUUAACCUCUUCCCUGAGAUCAAGACGCAGAUACAAGAUGUCCUCAAGUCGAACUCCAACCUCCGCUCCUCUGAUGCAGAAUUGCAACAGAGGGCUUCGGAGUACCUGCACUUGUCAGUCAUUACCACAACUGAUGUUCUGGCAACAGUAUUAGAAGAAAUGCCUCCUUUCACGGAGAAGGAAUCUUCCAUCUUAGCGGUGCUAAAGAAAAAGAGUGGAAGAAUGUCUGCGCAGGAAGCUCAAAGGGAGGCAAGAGUUCAGGCUCGGGAAGGCAAUGCAGCGCCAGCAGUUGAGAAGACUCAGACGGCACAGAUGAACAAUUCAACAUCAGCUGAUUUACUAGGCUUGUCAACUCCACCUGCCAACCAAAAUAAUACUCAGAGUAACACUGGGGUAUUGGUUGACGUGUUAGGGGACCUGUAUGGAGGUGGCGGCAGUGGUGGUGGAAGCAAUACAAACACUCACAAUGGGACAGCAGCGCCAUCACCAGCCUCUACAUCGGGAGCAACUGACAAUAUUAAGAAAUUUGUUUGUAAAAACAAUGGAGUUUUGUAUGAGAACGAUAUAAUACAAAUUGGUAUAAAGUCCGAGUUUAGACAAAACCUUGGUAGGAUUGGCAUAUUCUAUGGCAACAAGACUUCAAUGCCAUUGCAGGCCUUUUGUCCAAGUGUGUCUGUGGGUUUGGCACAGCAAGGCAAGGUGACAGUGCAGGUGAAGCCAGUAGAACCAACUAUUGAUGCAGGAGCUCAGGUCCAACAACUUGUUAAUUGUGAAUGUGUUGAAGACUUCACCGGUCUACCCGAUUUAAUUGUUAGCUUUACAUAUGCAAACGUCCCACAACGUCUGGCUCUUCAUCUUCCACUAUCAAUCAACAAGUUCUUUGAGCCAACAGACAUGAAUGGGGAAUCUUUCUUUGCACGUUGGAAGAACCUGAGCGCACCUUCGCAAGAGGCUCAAAAAAUUUUCAAGUGUUCAGGAGCCAUGGAGACUGCGGCCAUUAAGACUAAACUUUUGGGCUUCGGCAUGCAACUGCUUGAAGGUAUUGACCCGAACCCAGAGAACUUUGUGUGUGCUGCUAUUAUUCACACACGAACCCAACAGAUUGGCUGCCUUCUUCGUCUUGAACCAAACCGCCAAGCUCAGAUGUACCGAUUAACCAUCCGUGCCAGCAAGGAGUCAACUUCAGGAAUUCUAGCGGAAUUAUUAGCUGAGCAGUUCUAACAUUCGACUCUGACAGUGUCAGAGCCAAGCUAACAUCUAUCAUGAGGCAACAUCGAAACACUAUCAGAUGAUCAUGUCAUAAUAUUGAUAAAUUGCAUUGUGGGGAAAAUUCCCCUAGUUGGUAUGUCAUUUAGUGUUGUCGAAAAGGUAGUGUAUCGGGAAAGCUGCCAUGAGAUAGAGGGAUAGAGAAGAGAUUUUCAGUAUUUAUUGUUAUCUUUAUUUUGUUCAGUUUAGUCCUUUAUAUAUUUUUUUAUUUUUUUAUUUUUUUAUUUUUUUUGGAGUUCUUGCCCUGUAAUAUGGUUAUUGGCCAUUCAUUUAGGUUAUCAUCAUCAUCAUCAUUAGUUUUUCUUCGAGAAGGUUUUGUUUUUGAGACAUGGUAACUUACCAUUGAUUAUGGAAGCCACCAGCUUUUGGCCAGGACAUAUCAUGCACUUGUACUGUCCAUGUUAGAGCUUCUGGUAUUGUGACAUUUAAGCAUAAUGCAAGUCACUGCUUAAACUAUUAAAGAAAUUGGGAAAAAAAAUUAUGGUUUCAUAGAACACAAAACAUAUGUUAUGAAUGUGGGAGGAAAAGAGUGAAGGAAUGUCGCAAAAAGUCCUAUGAGAUGUGUAUCAGAAUAGUUUGCAGAUUUACUAGGGAAUUGCAAAAGAAAUAUUUCUAGUAUUUUCACAUUUUGGUAAUAAUGGGGCAACGAAAUAUGGAUUAUGAAGUCUGUUGCAAUGAUAUGCUUCAUUCGCCUACCUUCCCAUUAUUCUGAAAAUUAUUGGCAGGAUAGCUACUCAUGCACUUCUCCAAUAGAAUAGCUUGCCUGUUGUAAGCCAGAUUCCACAUUAUUUUUUUUCUUUCUUUUUUUUAUGGGAAUCCGUCAGAGAUCUUGGCAGAAUUUUAUGUGCCUAUCAUUGGUCCGAUAUGGCAUCCUGUUGCUCGAUGUCCAGGAACCUAUGUACCAGUGGCUCCAUUUCAUUCCUCAUAUGUGAAUACAUUUACUUGUAAGAUAGACAGAAAUACUUGAAAGGAUAUUCAGAAAUCAUAAUUGUAUAGAGCACUUGCUAAAGUAAGUUAUUAUUAUAGACUUUUACAAAAUGUAAUUAUGCCCUGACUUGGUUCUAGUUGAGUUAUCAGGCAGCAAAGACAUGUUUUGCAUUAUAUGCAGACACUGGUCAGAUGUAUAGAUAUUAUUUUUUAGGUUAGAGUUCUUCCCAGACCUGACAGAUCCUCUUGAACUAUCGUCUUCACAUAUUACUUGUCAGUUUUGUAUUUUCACAGCAGCAGUAGGGCUUUUUUUCUUUGAGGUGAGAAAGAUUACAUUUGUCUGGAGUUUUCCUAAAACACAGCUUGAAUUUAUAAAUCUCUUAAUGAUAGAAAGAGAGGAUGCUUUGUGCACCUCAGUAAUGCAGGAUAAGUUACUGGUAAAGGAUUUCUUUAGGGUUUAUGGGAGUUGAAUAUUUUUCCAAGUUCACCAUAGUUGGCCACAUGAUCCCACCUUGGCAUUAUGUGUACGACAUGAUCAGAGGCAAAAAUUUUGUGGGGUUCACAAUGCACCGUGAAUUGUGUGUUCGUUUUCAAUGAUGCCUUGCAGAUAAUCCAGCAGCCUUGGGCUUACAUACAGUCCCACCACCAACCCAAACCUAUAUCUGUCAGAUAAUCAUCUGUGCUCUUAAGAUGCUCUGCCUGUACUCUGAGACAUGAGAGCUUUAAAUGGUGUCAUUUUAGACUGAUUCUUCGGUAGCAUUUUUCCUUUUACCUUUUUUUAAUUCCCAGUGAGUUGUUAAAUUUGUUUGGGUUGAAGUGUCAAAGAUAUGCAAAUAUUCCAGUUCAUCAUCAGAUUAGGGAAUAAAUUGUAGCCGUCUUUGAAAGACCGGUUUUUGCUCUGCUCUUUGCUGACUUUUUAAUGGCAAAAUGAAAACUUGGUAUAAAUGUAUUAGUUUAUUAGCAUGGCAGGAGUCAUUGAGAAAGGAAUGCAAAAUUUGUUAAGGUGAUGCAUGGGAUAGACUCGGAAACUCUUCUUACCUUGCUCCAUAUUUACACUGUACAGGUCGAACAGCUGGUUGUAACCUCACUGUCAUGUUGUGGUCUCUUACCAUACUCGGAUCUUUUAACAGAUGUCACCAUAUCCUUGCAAGUGUUAUUAGCAUUUCUGUAUGUCAUCAUGCAUGACCAAUAUCAUGGGGCUUAGAGUUUGUCACUUUUGCCUUGCAUCUGGGGAGGUGUAGAAAUUUUGAAAAGCCUGCAGAUUGCAUAUAUUUGCUUUUCAAUUUACUGAAUUGAAGACAAGCUCAUAGAUUAUGGUAAUACAAAGCUGUGUCCGUGUGCAUGUGUAUGUAUGUGUUUCUGCAUGACUGCAGGUGUGUGUCUGAUUUGCAGCUUUGUAAUUCUUGCUGUAAGUACUAUAAAAUUGUAAAUUGUAAAUAUUAUAAUAUCAACUGGUUAAAGAUAUGUGUUUAGAGAGGUACUAGUAAAAUAAGAGAAAUUUAAAUUAAAUAUAAUCAGAUGUCCUGUGAGGUUUUGUAGUAUGUUAAUGGAAUCACAAAAGACCAGAGCCAGUGAUAUUUCGGAAUGGGGAUAUAAGGUGGUGUUUGCACUAAGCCUUUGUUUUUCCAAGCAAGGCCUAGAGUUUAUACCAUUGUUUUUCAAGGAGGGCAAAGAGUUAACAGCGUGUUUUAGUCUGAAAUUCUGUCAUUUCCUUCAUAGAUUACAGCACCAGCCUAGUCAGCUGAACUUGCACCCCCCUUUUGGCUACAUGUCCCCUCUUCCCAUGCCUAAGCUUAUAGCUUGGGAGUUUUAUAUAAAGACUUACUUGAAACAUUCCAUUUGGGCAUGUAGCAGGUUUAUCAUUUUGCUUGAUGUAGAAUUUUGCUUUUUGGGAUUUUUGCUAGUGCUUGUAAAUGAGGCAUCUAUAUUUGCAAAUUCUAAAACAGUUAAAAAAAAUAAAAAAAACAGUGCUGUUAACUUUCAAAGCCCUUCUUUCCCCUCUUGUGCCCAUCCUUCCCUUCCCCUCCUAUCCCCUUUGCCCCUUCUUUUGUGACAGCCAUUUAUUUUUGAGUCUUAAAUUUAGAUAUAUAUAUAUAUAUUUGAAGUUGAUUUUAGGUGAAUUUCAGAGCAGUAAGGUAUUCUACAGUUAUGCCUUACAUGCAGCUCAGACAGAAUGUCGCAGACGUAAUCUCAAACAAGGAGGUUGAUGAAUUGUUACUCAUGUUGUUGAAGUCUGUUGUGUCGGUAUACGUAGAGUAGGUGUGAGACAAGUGUCAGCCAUUACUCAAUUGGAAUUUUAAGUCCACCCCCUUUAAGUACAUUGUAAAAAGCAUCUAAGGGGUUGUUUUCAUGUACGCAGCAGCCAACACAUGCAACUGCCUGCACAAACUCUAAGUGACAACCAGAACAGAACAAAUUAGAAAUGAUCAAUUAAAAUAUGGGAUCCUACAAAAAAACAAGCAGUUGGGAGACAUAACUGGUUGGGUAAGAUUUAAACUUGAUAUUUUUUCCUUCCAAUUUUAUUCAUGUGACACUACUCUUUAACAACCACAUCAUUCAGGUUUGUGAAAGGAGAAAUGGGGACAAUAUGCUGUAGCAGAGCUCUUUGAUAAUGGUGUGUUAUUUGUGGAUAAAUGGAAAAACUUUGAAAUGGAGAACUUAAAAGCUUACCCUUCCAGUACAGAAGGGAGAUCAUUGUAGACUUGAGAACCAAGAAGCAUUUGAUACAGCCACGACGGGAUGUGACUGGUGGAAAAGCCCAAGGAAACAUGUACCAUGUACUUCUCUUUUUUCUCUCCAUUUCUGUUGUAGAUUUUUCUUUUAUCAGUAUUUUACUUUCGUAAAAUACUGCUAAGGAAGUUAACAUUUGAAACUGAGUUUUAGACUAAGCAGUUGUGAGGGAAAUAGUUUGCACUUAUGGUAUGUAAAAUAAUUUGAAUAUAAUUGUUAUAAUAUAUUGUUCCUUGAUGACAGGACUUCAAAGAACGUGUUGUUAUUCUGCAUUGUCAUUUGUUUCUUUGGGAUUUCCCAUGAGCCCUAAAUGUGUUCCAUAUUGAAAUUAUUGUAAGUGAACGGUAAAUAAAUGUGUAUAUUGAAAUA